GAAACCACGCUGCUUCGAGUUGUUUCGUCUUAAUAAGGGAGUGAGCUGAGAUAAUUAAGUAAUCCAGUUCUAACACCCAGUAAUCAGCAUUGCUGGUUUUGAAAACCGGUCAGAGCGGACUGACUAUAAUAAGUUGAUACGGAAUUAAACAGGAUAGGACAAUAACAGUGAGAAUCCUGUUCCACAACAUACUCUUUUAAGUGAAAAGAGAGUGCGCCGGAUUACUUUGACUAAAUCGGGAUUUAGCUGCUGAUUCCGGUAACCGCGUACGUACAUUGAAGACUCGUCCGUCCUUAUGUUCAGCGUGGUCGCUUCACUGUCAGUGCUGGGGCACUUCGGAGUUGCUGUAAUGGGCGCUAUCAGAGACUUCUUUGGAUUAUCUUUAAGAUUGCCCACAGAUUGGGAGGUGGAAGUCAAGUUAUACCAUUUUUCCCAUUUCAUUUAGCAGAUUAUGAGAUGAGUUCUUCGGUUGUGCAGGGCAGUGCUUAAUCAGCUUAUCAAAGAUACACCAUUAAGCAACAGUCAGUUUGAAGAUGUUAGAGGAAUUGGCAAAAAAUUAUUGAUCUUCCCUUGGUUUGGAAGAAUGGAUACUACUUGUGAAAAAAGUGGUCUUGAGUUUGUGUGGAAACAGCAAGAAGAUCUAACUAUUGCACAGCUUAACUUGACCAAAUUCAACCAAAACCAAACUAACAGCAAAGAACCUUACAAGUCUUCAAUUACAACAGAAGAUAAUUCGCCACAAAGUACUGAGCGGAAUUGCAGCCAGCAUUAUCUGACCAGAUCUAACCAAAAUCAUUUUGAGCAUUAUAACGGGUGUGUAGCUAUCAAUCACUUAAGCUGUCAUUGCAUGAUUCCAAAACAUUCAAUAUCUCCAUCAGACUGGAACAAGAUGAUGACUAAUGGAGAAGAUCACAAUUCUACUGAUAGUGAAGAGUGGGAGGACUCGGAGGAAGAUUCUGAAAUAGUGUGUAGCAGUGAUGAUUCACUUAGUGAUGAGAGUGAUCAGGAACUGAAUGAUGUGCCCUGGAAAUGUUCUUUCAGUGCAGACCCUUAUAAUCCUUUGAACUUCACAGCUUGUCAUACGAGCUCUUUCACAAACAGGAAAGCAAGUGUGGAUUUGAAUACACAGGGUUUGGGAGAAUGUGAGAGUGGAAGAAAAAGUUUAAUCAAAGUAAAGUUGUCGACUUUACAGAAACCAGUAUUACCACAGAUACAUUUCAGACACUCCUGCAUACCUGACACUGGAGAAGAUAUCAGAUUUUGUACUAAAAAGGUGUCGGCAAAAUCUGUAAAAGCUGAAAGAGAGGACAACAAAGUGGAAAAAACAUCUGUUAAGAAGGUCCGAUUUUCUCCUCUUGUUGAAGUUCACAAAAUGGUAACAUGGUCCUUUGCAUCAAGGGAAGCUCGCAAGGGCCACUGGAUGCAAAUAGCUCUUGACCGGAUCAGGUUUCUGCACCGAAUUCAGGCUACGGAAGAGGCUAUUAGUUAUUGUUUACAGCGAAAUCAUAGGAACAAAAUAUUGAAAAGAAAUUCACAGAAAUUCCAAAAUUGAGGGAUGUGUGUCAUUACCAAAACUUAGCCCCAUAAGCACUUAAUGGAUAUACUGUUUUGAGUGAAGGUUAAACACGUAGUUUGCUGGUGUUCAUUUCUGCGUAUGAAUGGGUAGGACCAUUUGAUACAGUGUGAACUUUGCAAGUAUGUUUGUAUUUCCAGGUGAAACCUGGAUUUUUGUCAUAUUGACCACAAUUUCAUUCACUAUUUGUUCGGGGUCACAAACCUGAGUAUGAGCAUAAUUCUCUGGAAUACAUUUAUGGUCCAGGAUACAACACCGAGUUUGUUCAAAUUUGUCAUUUUGGGGAGGCCUUUCUCCACAAGGGGUAUGGGCGCACAAGAAGGAAGUGUGAGAUGUUGUAAGGUGGCAAGUCCUCUAAUUUAAUCACACCAUUUAAUUUACUGUAAUGAAGACAGACAACAUUAUCUUGUUGAAUAGUAAGGGGUAGAAAGUAAAUGAUAGUGAAUCUUCAGUUAAAUUGCAUCAGUUACAAGUGUACAAAAGAGGUGGUCAGCUGAGCACCAUGGUGUAGGAAACAAACACCCCAGUGGCUUCUGACUACACAUAACUGGCGCAGCUGUAGCGCAAUGGCAUUACAUCACAUUGGCAGUCUAAUUACAAUCCAGUAAAAUCUUGAACAGUUUAUUCCGCGUAAUACCAUUGAGGAUAUUAAGAACUAAAUGUUAGUGAUUGAGUAGAAAAAAAGCAAAAUCAACAAUCCAGUGGAAACAAAUUGCCUGAGGAAGAGUAAGUUGACUAUCUGAAGAUCUUGCGUUGCAGUAGUAGGCCCCUUUCUCUGAUCCAUGCUGCCUGGAUUCAAGUCCCACCUGUUCUAAAGGUGUGUAAUACCAUCUCUGACCAAGUUGAUUUAGAAAACUCCUGCUUACAUGAAAUGCUGCUGCUGCUGCCUCCUAAGACACAAAUGGUUUAUUUUCUCCAUACCUAUAGAAUUCAUAGUUUUGUUUCAGAAAUAAUUGAAACACAGCAGUUGGGAACCUGCGUCCUUCUGAGCAGACAGGUGAGAGAUUGUGUAUGAACUGUUAACUAAAGUCACUUGGUACUUUCUGUGCAGAUCACUGUUGUUCAUCUGUACAGAUUGUUCCUAGCCAUUUGAGGAAGUUUCUGCACUUGAGAAGUUCAAGCUUCAAUUGGCAUGAGCUUAUAGUUAUGCACUGACAGAAGCAGAGUUAAAGCUAGUGCACAAAUGCUCUGGCUGAAAUUGUUUUGGCACACAAAUGUAGCAUUGGAAGCUUUUGAUAAAAGUAGCUCAUGGAUACUUUUUAACAAGUAGCUCAUAUAGUCGUAAUCGAAUCUGAGUGAAAUAUUAUAUUCUCAUCUUGAAAGUUUAGUUGCAUCUUGUGUAAAUUGUUCAAAGCUGAAUAAAGUUUUUUGAUUUUUCAUUAGCAACAUUUGUAUAUUACUUAUUGCUUUCAUGUUGAUUUUGUUCAGAGCAAUGUUAUGUUGUGUGUAUUUGUCUCUGCAAAUGUACAAUAUGUUAAAAAUACUCUGUGUUCUUUAAAAAGAUUAGUAGGCCAGAUACUAUUCUUGUCAGCAUACUGAAGCAGUGGUUAUGGGGUAAAUGAGGAGCCCAUUUUUGUUGUUACCAUUAAUCUUAGUUUUUGCUCGUAACUAUAAAUGAUUACAGCAAAACAACAAUUAAUGUAAAGGGUGUUACUUUCAUUUACUGUGAAAGAUAAAUGUCACAGCUCUGGUAUUUCUGUUGGGUAUUUCUUUAGAUUUAACAUUCAUCGUCUUGCCUGUAGAGGGCUAUUUAAUGCAUACAAAUUGGAGUUAGCACUGAACCAUUCCUAUUUUUUUGAAUGAAUAUAAAUAUUGCAAGACCCCAAGAUUUUAAAUGAGAAUCCUUAUCAAUCUAUUGCAUUUUAUUGCAACAAAUCACCAGCUGCCAUGUUAUCUCUUUUUUUUUUCUGAGAGUCUGUUAGAAGUGCUUCUGUGCUUUCUGCAAUGAAUUUACCAGACACGUUAAUUGAUAACUGAGCAUUCUAUUCGUAGGUUUGCAGUAAUUGCAAUCUUUUCUAAACUCAUCGUGAAUACUUAUCAUUAAACUGCAUUGAAACCUGUUUUUGCUUUACUUUUCUGUGUGGCUUUUUGCUUGCAUUGGUAUUUUUGUCUUGCUCUGUAUCUCUUAUGGCCUCAGGUUGACUUCUUUAUAAACUGUUGUUGAAAAUAUAGCUCCAAACUUAUUGAUGUAUAUUUAAGUUUGACUUCUAAAUGUUGAACGCUUUUGGAAUAAAUGCUCUGAAACAUUGAAUAUUUCAAAGCUUAUGUCAAAAUAGUUUUGUUCAGAUCAUGUAUAAGAAAAUUAUUG